UGUUUGCAAGGGUUCUUCAAUCAGUGUCGCCAAUCGCCGAGUGCUGUAUUUGUACGACUGCAGUUUGUGACUUCCGACUGCAACAAGUAUCUGGUACCUCUGUGAUGGAGCCUGCCAAAAAGAAACUCAAGAUCACCAAAGGUCCCCAAACACCAUGGGCAUUGAACAAAUGUGUGGCUUGCACAAAGCCUUUAGACUGUAGUUCCAAAAUUUUGGAUUGUCUUCAUGGCAUGUGCAAAGAAUGUUUUAAAUCAAAUUCUAAAGUACCAGGUCAUUUUGUAUGCAAAUGUGGAAAGGAAACUGGCCUUUCAACCGGACUCAUAAAUUACUCUUUUAUAUUUGAACAUUUUGAUAAAACUAUUUUAAGAAAUAAUUAUACUUACAUGGGAUACCAUAAAAAAAAGUACAAGACGAAAGCCCCGUGUCCAAAUUGCGUGGAUAAAAUCAUUGAGGUAUAUUGUAUUCCAUGCGGAACAUUUCAUUGUGCAGUAUGCCAUUUAAUGAUUCAUCAAACUCACAAAUUUAAAAAUAUAAACGAAGUUAUGGAGGAGAUCCGGUCAAAUUUAUUUAAAAAUAAAGUUGAUUUAUGUGACAAAUCAAAAUUUGUGACUCUAACAAAAUCAAAUGCAGAGACAACUAAAGAUAAAAUAAACACGCAAAAGGGUGAAAUAAUAAAAAAAAUGUGUAUACAAUAUGAAGAGAUUCGUAACGAAUUGUCGAGGAGCGAACAAAAAAUGAAAAAAUAUGUAAAGUUGUAUCACAAAAGAAAAUUGGAGGAGAUGACUAAAACUAUUUCGAAAAUAGACGGAUUAAAGGAAAAAUAUGAUUUUUAUCUGGAUUUUUCUGAGUGCGUCUUAAAGGGAAGGAACAACGCAGAUCUAGAUAUUACACAUUUGGUCAACAAACCACUGGAGAAUGUCAGAAAAGAUUUUUCAGAUGACAUUAGAAAAUUGCAUUCAACUAAUCCGAAUAUUGAUUUAAAAGUCAAGUUUGACGGUACACUGCAUCAGUUAAUCGAAUCUGUUAAAAGAAUUAUAACUCAUGAUCCACACAAUUAUUAUGAAGAAGAAAUUAAUGAAAUUAAUAAGAACGUGGAUAUUACAUCAUGUCCGGAAUACCUCGAUGCCACUAUGAGAGAUAAAUCCACGCCGCUAACUAUAGUUGAUGACAGUGAAAUAAAAAAAAUAACCAUGUUUAAUAGCGCCCGACGGGAGACAAAACGUUUGCAAAACAUUGGGACAGGAGACUUGAAAAUGACUAGUCCAGCUGUAACAAUAACAGCAACGACAACACCAACAACAGAAGCAAUAACAACAAUAUCAACAACAACAUCAUCAACAUGGAUGGAAUAAUAAUCUUCACUGACCACCG